AUGGACCGACUCGACGAGACACCCGCAAAGAUAUGUGGGGUAUGCGGCAGGGCGUUCACCAAGACAGCGCACUUGAUACGACACAGCAGGAGUCAUGCAGAGGAAAAGCCGUUCAGCUGCUCAGUAUGCAACAAGGGCUUUGCUCGCACCGAUGCCCUCCAAAGACAUGAGCGCACACUGCACUCCGCUAAACGACGACGGACUGGUUCCACGUUCGCCGCCGACUCGUCCGACGGUGCGGACCCCGCAGACCCGGCCAGCCAAGCCACCGAUGUGUUCCCUUCCGCCGAGACGUUUGCCGCCAACCCCAUGGGUGUACACAGCUGGUACGGGGAGCAACAGGGCAAUGGACUACUUUCCACUUCCACCGGUAUUGUGGACAUGGGUCUUAUGGAAGCCGUAGUGCCCAACAGCAUCUCGCCCCAGUCGUCAUUCUUCUCCGCGUUUCCCACAAGUGCCAUCCCUUCGACCGGCCCUGAGGUCAACGACAUGAUCGCUGAAUGGUUGAACCAAGAUACUGGAAUCCUGGCGAGCGACCGCGCCCUGGCUGCGCUGUUCUCAACUCCGAAUGACACAGAACAUCAGUCAACUGGUCUGGGUGGAGGUCACGUUUCCGUACAACCGGCCAGCUCGCGACCUUUUUCCUCACAUGGCACCGCCCAAGGUGACUCGUCGUUGAACACAACCAGGCAACCUUACACCUCCGAAUGGCUGCUGCAAUCACAAGGGCCCCAGGCCCAACAUGGACGGUCGCCUGUGGACAGCAAUCCAGGAGUGGACGGACCGAGGUCCGUACCACGAUCAACAGCCACUGCGCGCUCUGCGAGCAACACGCGUACAAUUCUAGUUGCCGACACUUGGGAAUCCGGUGUAACCAUUCCUCACAGUUCAGACUACUCGUCAAGCCGCCCUGGGUCUCCUCAACCACCCGAGUUAACAUCGCCGGAACAAGUCGUUGGCCAGCUGGAGUUUCGCGGUCAAUAUGACCGUGACACUGUCAUUCCCAUUGGCUGCAUGUUUGUCGGAACACAAAGCGCGCGGGAUAGUGGCCGAUGGAUUCACCAGCGGCUGCAUCUCUCAACUGUACUAGCGAGGGACACUGACAUGGCCCUAGAGGGAACGCGAGCCGAAGUGAUUAUCAGCUCAAUCCUUGGACAAGCUUUCAGCUUCCUCUACGGGCAGCCCAAGCAGAUGCUCACCGCGGAGACGUAUCACGAGCCGCUGUGCACCAUGGCCCGACGCAGUGGCCUGUUUACCAAAAUCAAACCGAAUCCCAUGUCUUAUGACGAUAUCGAACACGUCGAUUCGGCAACGUUGAUACGGAAAUGGAAACAAUGGGCACGCAACGAGACGUUAAGGCGCGUCACCUUGGGUAUAACCAUUCAAGGAGCGGAAUCGACAGUUUACAGCGGCGUAGCACGUCUCAUUUCGGCCGAAGUGACACCGGCAGAUCAUUUCAGCGAUGCCCUCUUUGAAGCGGAAGACGCAGAGACAUGGAGAGCGCUGCUUGGUCGUCUGGAGCGUGGUCAAGAGGUACCAGACGACACCACCAUGCCUGCCACCCCGGAAAUCUUCCAACCAACUGUACUCCUCUCGCAAGCCCUGGUUCACUGUUACAUGCUUCGCCAGCUUGCAAAGACACCAUUUGGAGAGUCUCUGCCGCUUCGCGAGCUUUCUGGCUUUUUCGACUACACCAUGCCGUUAGCCAAGGACGUUGGGAUAUUGCACACGCUGAGCAAUCCACGAGACGCUGUGGCGCCGCACAAGCGGUCCUUUGCGGUACUUUGGCACUAUCUGUGGGUCGUCCGCCUCGCCCCAACAAGCCUCAUUGAAGAGGCUGCUGGUCGAACCGGCAGUCCUUCACCCGACAGUCUUCUUGAGGUCCAAGCGUGGGUGACAACACCCGCAGCACGACUUGCGACCCUUCAUUGCGGACACAUUCUGAGCCGUGCCACGGACUUGAACGACCUUGGGUUUCUCCUUCCUCGUGUCAUCUUUCAGGCCACAGUGGUGCUCCUGUGCUACUGCUCCUUUGUCCACCUGCCUGUUGAACCAGCGGAAGUCAUUGAUAUCCUCAAAGUGGUUGAGUGGGAACGGCUCGUGCACCUAUACGAUCUCAUCAGCGGCGAUGCUUCGAAAGGAGGCGACGGAGUGAGAUCGGUACCAUCCGACAUGCUUCAAACACCACAGGAACGUUACUUGGCUAAGGGGGUAGGGGUAGUUCGAGUACCGGGUUUUAUCGAGGGCAAGGAAAAGCACAUGGACACGUUCAGCCUGCGUUCCGCGAGCAACCUCCUGCUGCGUCGGUGCACCCCAUGGGGGAUUGGUGCCACCCUUGGGGAUAUUCUUUCGAAUAUUUCGUUUUAG